AUGCGUCAACUCAUUCUUGUUGCUCUAUUCGUUUCCACUGCUUCCUCUCUUCCAUUCAUCGGAUCUGUCCAAUCCGUUCGAGUAACUGGAAAGGUAACUUGUAAUGGAGAGCCAGCUGAGAAUAUCAAGGUGAAGCUCUACGAAAAGGAGAUUCUCCUCGACAAACUUCUCGACGAGAAGUCCACUGACCGCCAAGGAUCUUUCACUCUUGCUGGAAACAAGAAGGAAUUGACCGCUAUUGACCCACAUGUCAACAUCUACCAUAAGUGUAACUACAAGGGGGUCUGCUACAAGAAGCUGAAGAUCAAGAUUCCAAAGAGCUUCAUCAGCGAAGGAGAAACCGCCGAGAGAACUUUCGACAUCGGAGAGCUCAACCUCGCUGGAUCAUUCUCAGGAGAAUCUACUGAUUGCCUCAACUAA